AAUUUUUCACUUUCUAUUUCUCUAUAUCUAUUUUUUUAUAGAUAUAUAUUUUGUCUUGGUUGGAUUUUGUUCUCGUGGGUUACUUACUUGAGAGAACCUCGAGACCUGUCUUGUCUUUAUGCUUCAGAAGCAAAUCAAAGCAUCUCUCCAAGAUUUGAAGCUCCAUCUAUGGCUGCCCUUCUUCUCCUUUUCCUUUUCCUCUUCGCAAGCUCUGCUCUCUCUCAAGAUUCUUUGAUCGGUGUGAAUAUUGGUACUGAAGUGACAAACAUGCCAAGUCCAACACAAGUAGUAGCACUCCUCAAAUCACAGAACAUCAACCGCGUCCGCCUCUAUGACGCAGACCGCUCAAUGCUUCUCGCGUUUGCUCACACCGGGGUUCAAGUUAUAAUCUCAGUACCUAACGACCAGCUUCUCGGUAUCAGCCAAUCAAAUGCAACCGCAGCCAAUUGGGUGACUAGAAAUGUAGCUGCAUAUUACCCUGCGACCAACAUUACCACAAUUGCUGUCGGAUCAGAAGUCCUAACCAGCCUAACAAACGCAGCUUCUGUCCUUGUCUCAGCCCUCAAAUACAUACAAGCUGCUCUCGUCACGGCCAAUCUCGACCGUCAGAUCAAAGUAUCGACACCGCACUCUUCAACCAUCAUUCUUGAUUCUUUCCCUCCUUCGCAAGCUUUCUUCAACAAGACUUGGGAUCCAGUUAUUGUCCCUCUCCUCAAAUUCCUACAGUCCACAGGAUCGCCAUUGCUGCUCAACGUUUACCCGUAUUUCGACUAUGUUCAGUCCAAUGGAGUUAUACCGCUUGACUACGCGCUUUUCCAGCCUCUCCAAGCCAACAAAGAAGCUGUAGACGCCAACACAUUGUUACAUUACACAAACGUUUUUGAUGCAAUCGUAGACGCUGCUUAUUUUGCAAUGUCUUAUCUUAACUUCACCAACAUUCCAAUCGUGGUCACAGAAUCUGGAUGGCCAUCUAAAGGAGGCCCUUCUGAGCACGACGCAACGGUAGAGAAUGCAAACACUUACAAUAGCAAUUUGAUCCAGCAUGUGAUCAACAAGACUGGAACGCCAAAACACCCGGGAACUGCAGUUACUACAUACAUCUACGAGCUUUACAACGAGGAUACGAGGCCAGGACCGGUAUCUGAGAAGAACUGGGGGCUGUUUUAUACAAACGGGACUCCGGUUUACACAUUGCGUUUAGCGGGUGCAGGGGCGAUUCUGGCAAAUGAUACUACAAACCAGACAUUUUGUAUAGCGAAGGAAAAGGUUGAUAGAAAGAUGCUUCAAGCAGCUCUUGACUGGGCUUGCGGUCCAGGGAAGGUCGAUUGCUCGGCACUGAUGCAGGGAGAGUCAUGUUAUGAACCCGACGAUGUGGUUGCACAUUCUACUUAUGCGUUUAAUGCUUAUUACCAGAAGAUGGGAAAAGCUUCAGGAAGCUGUGAUUUCAAAGGAGUUGCUACAGUCACCACCACUGAUCCAAGUAUGUGAAUCUCUCAAACAUUAUCAUUCACCUCUUUGCAAAGAGUAUACCUAUUUGAUCUGUGUCUGAAAAUGGGGUUUGUGUUCUUCUGAUUGUCUCUGCAGGUCGAGGAACAUGCGUGUUCCCUGGAAGUGCAAAAAGCAAUCAGACACUUGGAAACAACACCUCGGCGUUGGCCCCCUCAGCGAACUCUACAACCUCUGGAUGUAUCCCAAAGUACUAUCAUCACCCUCACGCAUCUUUCGGUGACUUAACAUUACUCUCCCUUCUACUGAUCAUUGCCUUAGUAUUCUUGUAGAAACUCUGAAAAGAACAACAACUCUCAAUUCUUGUUUCUCUAAAUUUUAACUUCUUUCUUUGCAACACUUGAGACAAAAGAGCUCGGUGGGUUUGUUCUCUCUGUGUCUAGUUGUCUACCCAGUUUUGUUGAUCAUCUCCUUUUAACAUGGAGUUCAUUGAGGGUAGCAUGUAGGUUCGGCUUCAAGAUCAUGGAUGAUUGUAACUAAUUUCCUGU